GCAGAUGAAAUAGCCAAGAGUCAGUCGCACCACAUCGACUUGUUUAUCUAUAUUUGACUUUGACUGGCUUUUGACGUGAUGUAAUUUCGGAGUAACAUGACAGCAAAUAGGACCCAGCAGAGUUCUCCGGCGAACCUCACCUGUCCCAAACGCACUUUUACUUUUCCACCUGAAGUCGCCUGCAAAAUCCCGACAUCUGUCAGACUUAAAGAUAACGGCAUGUUUCCUGCAUUGCUCUGCAGUCUGUUGCUCCUGCACGGCUCGCUCGGGGAGAUCGUGUUCCGCUGCCCGAGCUGCACCGCGGAGCGCCAGGCGGCGUGUCCCAAGCUCACCACCUCUUGCGAGAUCGUCAGGGAACCGGGUUGCGGUUGCUGUCCGGUUUGCGCCCGGCAAAAGGGUGAGCUGUGCGGCGUCUACACGCCGAGAUGCGGGAGCGGUUUGAGGUGUUACCCGAGCGCGAAUUCAGAGUUACAGCUGGAGCAGCUGAUACAGGGACUCGGGCGAUGCGAGAACAAAGUGGACCUGGAGCCCACCAUGACCAACCAGGAGUCAGGACACAGUGGAGAAUUAAAUGGCACGCGGUCCCCUCCAGUGAAAAAGCCUGGCAAAGAAAACAACUACCAGCACAUCAAGGAAAUCGCCGUGAAGCAGCAUCUCAACAACAAGAAGACCAAAAUGUACAGCCCCCAGGAUGAUCCCAAAACACCUCACCCCAGACAGAGCCAGUGUCAACAGGAGCUGGACAGAGUUUUGGAGAGCAUCUCUCGAAUGACGUUCCAUGACAACAAGGGACCUCUGGAAAAUCUUUACGACCUGAAGUUCCCCAACUGUGACAAAACAGGACAGUACAACCUGAAGCAGUGCAACAUGUCCAGCCAUGGACAGAGGGGCGAGUGUUGGUGCGUCAACCCCUACACUGGUGUCCAGAUACCCUCGUCCCCCAAAGUGAGGGGGGACCCCAACUGCAGCCAGUACUACGGUGGUCCCGAGCUGGAACCACCCACCAGCCAGCAGAAAUAGACGCACCCUCGCCCUUAAGGGAGACGCCCCGGGUCAUAAACGAGGAGAGUUAAAGCGAGUGCAAGAGCGAUGUGCAUGUGUGUAAUUCUGUACGUGUAUGUGUAUAUAUAUAUUUCGCAAUAGUAUGAUCUGUAUUGUCGAUAGGAGUGUGGAAAGUCACAUGCCAGCAAAGACAAGCAAGUCAAGGACAGGUAGUUAAACCUCCCCCUUCUCAAAUCCAGAUAACUGUACUCCAAAUUUAACUCCGAGGGAUUUUUUUUUUUUUUUUUUUACCCUGCCUAUUUAUAGGCUCGUCCGGUGCCGGUACCGCAUUUGCAGCUGUUCGGUGUGAAGAUGUGUCCCUUUAAUUCUCCCUUUUGUCUUUGGAGACCCAAUAAAAAUGGUGGAGUGUUUUUUUGCACCAUUGGUUGCCAGAAACAAACAGCAACUGCAAACGCACAAAAGCAGCAGCUUGGUGUUGAUUUAAAAGCGAAUCCCAAAUUUUUGAAACCAAAAAUAUAAAACAGAGGGGUCGUGUGUUUUUUUUUUUUUUGCUGAUUUGAAAGGAUCUGUGCAAGAGGGGCUGGAGAUGUGCUUUUUGUCUAUUUUGACUACUUGACUACUCAAUAGAUAACCAUAAAUACUCAAGUAUUUGUCGAUAUGCAUCAAACUGGCAUCUUUUCUGCAUGAGUGUUGCAUUUUUAAGACCAAAACGUUUUCAAAAUGUGUCUCUAAACCACUGCUUUUGUUUCCAUUCAGUUGAAAAGUUGCCACAUACGCGAGUUGCUAUACGGCAUCGCCGCAAAUUGCCGCCCCAUCUAACCAAUUGGAGUGUAAGGUACGAAAGGCCCAAAAUGUCAUACAAUCGCUAAAUUAAAAACAAGGACCCUUUUUGGCACAAAUUACUGACCUUCAAUCAGCAUCAUUUGUUUUGAAGUUCAAGUAUGUUUUUACAGUCGAUAAUUGCUGUUACUUCCAAGUACUCAAGAUCUGGCUAUCCCUGUUCCUGGCAGCUGAUAGACUUCUGUUCUAGUUAUGCUUCUCUACCAUGUGGUAGAAUGCAGGUGGUGUAUGUGUAUGUUUGUAGAGUGGGGAUCAGCAUUUACUAAUGAUGUGCUGACAGAGGGCUAGAUUAGGACACAGGGCUGACAUUGACAAAUGUGAUAUAAAGUGGGUUAAGUGCCUAUAAAUAAACACAGGUUUGCCUGCAGUGCCAGUGGGCUGUGCCUCACCUUGGUUCACUCUCAUCUGCGGAGGGAUGUGUUGGGGGUUGGCAAGGGUGAUUUUGCCCAGUGUAACGCUUGAAUGGGGUUAGUUGAAGAGUCCUGUGGAGGAAUGUCAAGUGGUGCAUGGGUUUAGUAAGCUUGUUUAACCAAUUCUUGUACCAUUUUUUUUCCCCCAGCUGAGUGAAAACAUGCGUUAUAUUCCUUGAACAGCCCGAUGCAACAGAAUUUUCUCAAUAAAAAAAAAAGAAAAAGAAAUAAAAAAGUUUGAAGUUACUACUGGGUUAAAAUUGACUCAGCUGGUCAUAGAGAUCCAAUAGAAAAUGACAAACAAUAAAGUAACAUACAGUGGGAUUCAAAAUCUACUUGAAACCUAUAUAUAUAUAUAUAGUGGGAGUUUUUUUUUUCAAGAUUCUUUGAUAAAUAGAACGUUACAUGAAUAGAAAUAAUAGAAUUUAGUUAAAUUAAAAUUACUUUAUGACAUUAUAAAUGUCUUUACUGUCACUUUUGACAAAUUUACUGCAUCCUUACUGAAUAAAAGUAUCUUACCCAAUUACUGAUCCCAAAAUAAUGCAAAAUAGAAGCAUUCUAUAGUCUAAAUAGAUGAGACCAGUGAGAUUUAAUGGGUUAACAUGUUCUGUUAGCAGGUGUGAUCUGUAAUGCCCUGUUCACAUGGACACACAGCGGGUUUUAUCGCUAAAGGCCCCUAGAUCAAUGUACUGAUGGAUUGUACUGGGCGUUCCUGCUACUCUGUUUUCUGACAUCAUUGGUGGCCUUUGUGAAUGGACAUAGCUUCUGAAAAUCUGAUCACAAAUGGGACAAGAAUCCAGGUGCUGCUCAUAAAUUUCAACUUUUAAAAUUCUGAUUCCUGCAUUUUGGAUGCCACUGUAUGUGACCUUAUUGUCGUACCACUGAAAAACAGUUCAGGGUUGUUAAAGGGAGGCAGCUGUAAUGUCCUUUGAUUAAGUUAUAUUUUAAUUCACUACCCAUAUCUCUACCUCUUAAUAUCUCUUCCCCAUCUGUCUCACUCUUUCCCGUCCUCUCUUUCUCUUUGAGUGUUGAAUUGAACAGCUCAAUCCAGAAAUAGAAGUCGAUUAAGCUUUAACAUUGAUCCUAACGUGUUAGACAGUGUUCAGCCCAUAAUUUGCGUUUGUAGCGUAGCCUUUAAUAUAUUACCACAUUAACCUUCAGUAUCUUUCACAGUAUUACCACAUCUUGCUCGCCCUUAGUAGUAGCUUAUAUGUAUUUACUUUAUCUAGUUAGCGUUGCGCUAACUAACGCAACAGACUGGCUCUCCAGAAUCAUGCAGCUUCGUGUGAUUCUGGUACCUCACGGAUAGAUUUGCUGAGAUACGGGCUACGAGUUUUCCGUUUCAAUUUGUUUCCAAAAUAGAUUGCUGCCUGCCCUCCGGUGGCACAGUAAAUUUUACGGUAGCUCGAGUUUGGCCUAGUUUGAAAACAGUGCGAAACCAAUCCCUGUGGUUUUCGGGCAUAUUGAUUUGCCAGAGCGGUUCCGAUGGGAUGGAAGUGUUCACGUAUGCUUGUGUGUGUGUGUGUGUGUUUGUGUGUAUUUGUGUGAAUGUUUCGAUGCUGUGCCAUGCCUGGAGCCAGUGUGACGGUGGGAAGGAUUGCUUGCCAUCUGGUGCAGUGUAAAACUGUCAGAGCCGGUCUCUGCUUUUGGAGAGUCUCACACAAAUGACAGGGGGAAUUUCUUGAGCAAAUCCAAAUGCCUUGUUCCAUGGCAGCAUCUCACAUGCCUUUUUUUCUUCUUCUGUAAUUCAUUACGUAUCCUGUGUGUCACGAGAUGCGGUGGUAUUAAAUAACACGCAUUACUCAAAGCAUGCUCCUUGUGUCCACUGUCAUGCGAAUGGUGCAUGAACUGAGUUUUCUGUACAACUGCAAUGGAAAAAGCCAUAAAUGCAUGCAAAAAUAGACAUUGGUUUUAAAAUCUUGUAAUAAAAUCCAGCAUGAUUAAAUGUAUUACCUUUCAGACCCAUGA